UGAACAAACCCUAGUUUACUCCAAGAAGAAAAGACGAAGAGUAGGCAUGGCGAUCACGGUCGACGGCCAGCAAAGUCGGGCGAUGGAUGCGUACGAGAAGCUUGAGAAGGUGGGCGAAGGAACGUACGGCAAGGUCUAUAAGGCUCGGGAGAAGGCAAGCGGCAAGAUCGUCGCCCUCAAGAAGACCCGCCUCCCUGAGGACGACGAGGGCGUACCUCCCACUACGCUCCGAGAGGUCUCCCUUCUCCGCAUGCUCUCCAUCGACCCGCACGUUGUCAGGCUUUUGGAUCUGAAGCAAGACCAGAAUAAGGAGGGGCAAACCAUUUUGUACCUUGUCUUUGAGUACAUGGACACGGAUCUUAAGAAGUACAUCAGAAGUUUUCGUCAGAGCCAUGAAUUGAUGCCAGCAAUGACUGUCAAGAUUUUGAUGUAUCAACUCUGCAAAGGAAUUGCUUUCUGUCAUGGUCAUGGAGUCUUGCACAGAGAUCUUAAACCCCACAAUCUUUUAAUGGAUCGCAAGACGAUGAUGCUAAAAAUUGCGGAUCUCGGACUUAGUCGUGCUUUCACUAUCCCCCUCAAGAAGUACACCCACGAGAUCCUCACUCUUUGGUAUCGAGCUCCAGAAGUGCUGCUUGGCGCCACACACUAUUCGACACCAGUCGAUAUGUGGUCAGUUGGCUGUGUGUUCGCUGAACUAGUCACAACUAACCCGCUCUUUCCUGGUGACUCUGAGCUACAGCAGCUUCUUCACAUCUUCAGGUUACUUGGCACACCAAGUGAACAACUCUGGCCAGGAGUAAAUAAACUAGCAAAUUGGCAUGAGUAUCCUCAGUGGAGUCCUAAGAAUCUCUCCUCAGCAGUGCCUGGCCUGGAUGCCAGUGGGCUAGAUCUUCUCUCUAAGAUGCUGCUGUAUGAGCCUUCCAAGCGAAUUUCAGCUAAGAAAGCUAUGGAGCACCCUUAUUUUGAUGAGGUAGAUAAAGCUCGCUACUGAGGUGUUUUUUUCUCCAUGGAAGCUUGGGUGCUCAUUCUAACAAACGAGUUUUUGGCCACUGAUCUUAUUUGUUGUGUAGCUUUUCUCGAGCACUGAAUUAAAUUGGACAAGUAUCAAAUUAAGAAUUUUAGUUGGUGUGAAAUCAAUUAAUCUGCAAUUAGUGAUGACAAUUAUAUUUCUUGCA